UCCGUCCGGGGUCAGUCAGUCGCUCCCCGUCGCCGCCGGAGCUGCUCUGCUUUCCCCCUUCCUACCCCGCUCCGCGGCGGUCUCGCCCGGGCUCUCCGGGGAGGGUGCGACGGAGAAGAGGGGCUGACUUAAUAAAGUUUCCCGAAACAACAUCUACUACCAGAAAGGCCCGAGGAGGGGGCCGCUCCCUCCUUCCCCGCCCCUCUCCGCCCGCCGAGGGACCGUUGCAGGUGGAGCGGCGCCGAGGGGCGCGGAGGGGCGCAGGGCGGCGGAGCGGCCGUUGCCGCGGCGAGGCGCGCCUCGGGUCCUGCCCGCUCCGGCGCCUUGAACGGCGGCGUCGGCGGCCACCUCCGGGUCGUUCCCCCUGUCAACUGCCUGCGCCCGCGCGUCGCCGGGCCGCCCGGCCCCACCGCGCCCGAGGGACGCCGUGAGUGGCCACCACCACCGCCGCCCCGGCCCCGGUCCGCGGAGGGACGUGGUGAGCGGCGGCGCUUCCGCGUCUGGCGGCGGCGGGGACUCUUUGGGAGCGCGUCGGGAGGGCCGAGCCCGGCUCCGCUUGGCGAGGUUCGCGGAGGCUGCGCCAGGUGGGGCCCGUGGCCGCAGGAGUUGACCGAGCCGCGAUGAGGAGCUUCUCGUAGUGAAAGAAAAGUAGGUCGCACCCACUGAAAAUGCCUUUAAGGGACAAGUACUGUCAGACGGACCACCAUCAUCACGGAUGCUGUGAACCAGUUUUAAUCCUGGAGCCUGGAGAUCCUCCUUUGUUACAGCAACCACUACAGACAUCCAAAUCUGGUAUUCAACAAAUAAUUGAGUGCUUUCGAUCAGGAACUAAACAACUUAAGCAUAUUUUAUUAAAAGAUGUGGACACUAUUUUUGAAUGUAAGUUAUGCCGCAGUCUCUUCAGAGGAUUACCAAAUUUAAUUACCCAUAAGAAAUUUUACUGCCCACCAAGUCUCCAGAUGGAUGACAACCUUCCUGAUGUAAAUGAUAAACAGAGCCAAGCCAUAAGUGAUCUCCUAGAAGCCAUAUAUCCAAGUGUGGACAAGCGAGAAUAUAUUAUUAAACUAGAACCUAUAGAAACUAACCAAAAUGCAGUGUUUCAGUAUAUUUCAAGGACGGAUAAUCCUACAGAAACCACAGAGUCCAUUGACACUCCUGAGCAAACUGAAGUUCAAGUCCAGGAAACUAACACGGAGCAGUCGAAAGCAGUACCAGUUGUAGACACUGAGGUGGAAACUGUAGAGCCCCCUCCUGUUGAGAAUGUUGCAGAUGAAGUUACACCUACAUCUGAUGAACAGCCUCAGGAAUCACAGGCUGACUUGGAAACUUCUGACAAUUCUGAUUUUGGUCACCAGUUGAUAUGUUGCCUUUGUAGAAAAGAUUUCAAUUCUAGACGUGGUGUUCGUCGUCACAUUCGAAAAGUACACAAGAAAAAGAUGGAAGAACUAAAGAAGUAUAUUGAAACACGGAAGAAUCCAAACCAAGCUACUAAAGGACGCAGUAAGAAUGUUCUAGUUUCAUUAAGUAGGAGUUGUCCAGUAUGUUGUAAAUCAUUUGCUACAAAAGCGAAUGUAAGGAGGCAUUUUGAUGAAGUCCAUAGAGGACUAAGGAGGGAUUCAAUUACUCCUGAUAUAGCCACAAAGCCUGGGCAACCUUUGUUCCUGGAUUCUGUUUCUCCUAAAAAAUCUUUUAAGACUCGAAAACAAAAGUCGCCUUCAAAGGCUGAAUACAAUUUAACUGCAUGCAAAUGCCUCCUUUGCAAGAGGAAAUAUAGUUCACAAAUAAUGCUUAAAAGGCAUAUGCAAAUUGUCCACAAGAUAACUCUUUCUGGAACAAACUCUAAAAGAGAGAAAGGCCCUAAUAAUACUGCCAACAGUUCAGAAAUAAAAGUGAAAGUUGAACCAGCAGAAUCUGUAGAAUCUUCACCCCCUUCCAUUGCCCAUUCUCCACAGAAUGAAUUAAAGGGAACAAAUCAUUCAAAUGAAAAAAAGAAUACACCGGCAGCACAGAAAAAUAAAGUUAAACAAGACUCUGAAAGCCCUAAAUCAACUAGUCCGUCGGCUGCAGGUGGCCAGCAGAAAACCAGGAAACCAAAACUUUCAGCUGGCUUUGACUUCAAGCAACUUUACUGUAAACUUUGUAAACGUCAGUUUACUUCCAAACAGAACUUGACUAAACAUAUUGAGUUGCACACAGAUGGAAAUAACAUUUAUGUUAAAUUCUACAAGUGUCCUCUUUGCACUUAUGAAACUCGUCGGAAACGCGAUGUGAUACGACAUAUAACUGUGGUUCAUAAAAAGUCAUCUCGCUAUCUUGGGAAAAUAACAGCCAGUUUAGAGAUCAGAGCUAUAAAAAAGCCUAUUGAUUUUGUUCUAAAUAAAGUGGCUAAAAGAGGCCCUUCGAAGGAUGAAACAAAACAUAGUGAUUCAAAACAUGAUGGCACUUCUAACUCCCCCAGCAAAAAGUAUGAAGUCGCUGACGUCGGUAUUGAAGUAAAAGUCACAAAAAACUUUUCUCUUCACAGAUGCAAUAAAUGUGGAAAGGCAUUUGCCAAAAAGACUUACCUUGAACAUCAUAAGAAAACUCAUAAGGCAAAUGCUUCCAAUUCACCUGAAGGAAACAAAACCAAAGGCCGAAGUACAAGAUCUAAGGCUCUUGUCUGCCUGGCGAAGCCAUCGCCCCGCAGCGCGUCGGUCCUGCGCCCCGCUGCACCCGGAAGCCGCUGCCCGCCCGCGGGCGCCGUCACCACGCGCCAGGCCGCCGCCAGCUGCUGUGCCAAGCUCCGUGCCGGGGCCGCCCGGGAGCGCCAGCACAAGGCGCGGGGCCUCGGCAAGCCCGGGAAGCCCGGGAAGCCGGGCAAGCCCGGCAAGCCUGGCAAGCCUGGCAAGCCCGCCGGCUCUUGAGCUGGGAAGGGAGCGGGGGAAGCUCUGCGUCUCCCUGCGCACGGGGCUUCUCACACUGCGCCCGGCCCUCCGGACCUCACCACCCUGCGCUCGCUGUCUGCAGUCAGCUCUGCUUCCUCGCCCAGACCCCGCCUGCCUUACCGCCCACCACUCCCACCAAGCCACUCAGGACCACGUACCUUGGGGCUCGGCCUGGGCCUGGGCGAGUGGUUCCCGGACGAGCCAGUGCAACUCCUAGCGUAUUUCCUCCUCAUCCUGCCUGCCAAAUCCUGGCUUCUUUGAGAACCUCAUCACCAGACGUCUCCUUUUCCUUCCUCCUUGUAAUUUAUAGCAUUUUCUAUCCCUUGUGGGUCUCUUUCAUUAUUAGUUCUCCAAAGACCUAUUCCUACUUUUAGUCUUCUCAGCCUCCAUUUCUGUGAUCAAAAGCUAGUUUCAGCCCACUGUACUCUGCUGGAAGAUUGUCCGAAUAACUGCAAAUCCCCAGUGAGCACAGGGUGGUUGACACAAGGCAGGGCUGUGGUAGGCACAAUUGUGGUUGAACUUGAGCUCCAUUACUCGGUCCCCUUCUUCCUGUAACUUCAUGUCCCAAAUGCUCAUUUUCUCUCUUUAGAAUAGGUUCAGGUUCCCAAGGUUACCAAUGGCAUCCUCUUGUUUGUGGUGGCCAUGGGAAUGCCUGGCCUGUCUCCUGCCCCAUAGAGCAACAUUGACAGGCAGCUCUCCCUCCUUUUGCAAAGUGCCUCACCCCUGGGUUUGCACUGUGACUGAGCACAGGGAGGGGUUGGUGAGGGCCCAUUCACAUGAGAUGCUGGAUGCGCCAACCAAUAGUUUUGGGGAGUUCUCAACACCUGGCUGAAACUUUCUUAGAACUGUGCUGCAGUCUGAGGCUAUUCUUUCCCAGUCUUCCUUCCUCUCAUCUAUGGGUUUCUCAUCCCUCUUCCUGGUUCCUGCCCUUUACCUGUCAUAGGUGCCCUCUCAGUAGGACUCUUGAAUUGUGAUCCCUGUCUUGGUGUCUGCUUCUAGGACCAGAACUAGCACCUUGCCAGGUAUUCCACUCUCCGAUGCCAUUUUCCUGCCCUGGGCUCUUUGCUCACUGACAAGUUCAUUAACACCAUUUCCUCCCAUGAAUCAACCCUUAUCUUGAGAGCGCUGAUAGGCCUAGAGUCUAUGGUCCAUUAUCAAAACCACUCUCUGAAAUGCAAUGCUGUCAGCACUCUUGAACUAUAGUUUCUUCCAAGUUACUUUCCCGACAAACACCCUGAAUCCUGGCUAACCUUUCCUGCCUAUCUGGCAUUGGCCUGACUGGGACAACUGAAAUAAAAUCACACAACUCAGCCACCGGCUUUACUUGCAGUCCAUUAUCUCACAGUUCAAAUUGGUGCUGUUGUUCCUCCCGUAGUAUUAAUUUUCCGUUGCAAAUAUUUUCACCCCCUCAGAAAUGUUCUGAUCCCCUUCUGAUUUCUUCACAUUUCCCCUCCAAAAAAAGAGUUACUACACACAAACUUCCUCCUCUUCCCACCACAAGAUCUUCCAACACAGUUACCUUAAAGAACUUCCUCUUUGUAGCUAUGGAGAGAGUUUCAAAAAACCAUCUGUUUCUCCGGAUCUCGUCUACUUCUGUAUCUCUAAGAAUGUUUCUUUAGGUUUUCCUGCUUUCCCUCUUCAGCAUCCUCUGUUCCCCUCCACACACCAGCCUUCAAACGUGCUGGUGUCCUUUGUCCAAGCCAAGCAUCCCUGUGGAUGUCUUUUCCAUCUGUAGCUUUUUCUCAGUGUUGACAAGUUGUGUUAGAACCACACUUCUAUAUAGAGUUUUCCUUCAAUGUUGCAUGUAUUUUCCAGUAUUCUCUUUACUUUGCAAUCCACAACAAUGUGACUUUCCCAGCAUACUACCAACAGUAACCUCUUAGAACACCAGGCUCUUCUACAUUGCCUAACCCUGAAAGGCCGGCCAUCCUCUGCCAAGAAGACCUAUCUGAAUGUUCUCUCUCCACAUCAAAGUCUCUCUUCUGCUCUAGGUUUCCUUGUGCCAUCACUAAUGGCUUUUUAAAUAUUGAAAUUUGAGUCUCUCUUUUCUUUAUCCUUUCCCAGUUGUUUUUCUUAAACCACUUUUCAUAAACUAUGUACUAUCUUUUGUUAAAACAACUUUCAAAUUUUCAUGACCUGCUGAAUCUUUCCUCUUAUGUUCUAGACUCAUAUCUACUUGUUCCCUUUGAUUGACUCAGGUAUCUCAAAUUUAACAUUACCCCAAUAUUAUUUUUCUCAUCCUUCUCCAUUGUAAAAGAAACACCACCAUCCAACCCACUGCACAAACCAGAGAUUUGGAGCCAACUCUUGUUUGCUUUCAUGAACAGUUCCUUAUAUCCAGUAGACCAGCCUUAUUACUUUUCUCAUUCAAGCAUUACUUUUAAUCUGCUUCUUUUCAAGAUCAUUGCCAUCACUUAGGCUGACCAGUGUUUUUUUCUCACUUGAUUAUUGUGACAUUAAUCUGGUUCUUCUACUAGUGCUCUUGGCCCACAUAUUUGAUAAAGUGGCAGCAACGACCUUUCUUGUACAUUGAAUUAAGUAACUUACAUUGUACUUUAUAGGACAUAAUCUAAACUCAUCACAAGGCUGCAUAGUCUUGUACAAUCUGACAUGUAUCUAGUUCUCCAAUGCCAUCUCUGCUUCUCUCUUUCCUGCCCACUGUGAUACGGCCACAUCGUGCCAAAAUCUUUUCUGUACCUCAGGGGCUUAAUACAUGGUAUUCUCUCUGUAUCUUUUAGAUAGAUGCUUGGAUUCAACGUUUUGGGAAAGGCACGCUGAAAGCACUGUAUUGAAAGCAGUCCGCACUCUGGAUUUCCUGUCUGUUCUUUAUUUGUUGUUAUUAUUUAUUUGUUUAUUUGCUUUUGGGAGAAUUGGUUGCCAACACUAGAAUAAACAAGGGAAGCAACUAUGUGUGGAUGUCAGAUUUCAACAUUGCAUUCUCUGCCCCUAGCACAAUAUUUGGCAUAUACUAGGUGCACAGUAAAUAUCUGUUGAAGGAAUGAAUGAAUGGAUAUGCUAAUAUUUCUGUGAGAGGCUCACUUUUUAGUAAGACCUCUUAUAUAUUAGAACCACUACCUUUUUUUCUGUAUGCUAUAGACAUUGUGCCCCUUCUUGAACAUAUGCCAAUUAAAUUCAUGAUGUCUUUGAUAUACAGAAAUAUUUGCAUUUUUCAGUUAGAUAAAUCUCAUGAAUUAUGCCUUUGAUGGUGUUUUUAAAAAGUCUUCUCCAUGCCAAUAUUAUAUAAAUAUCUAUGUUGCCUUGUAUUUUAAUUUUUUUUAGAUUUGAAUAUUUACCCCAAAUGGAAUUUAUUUUUGAUAUAGGUAUUAUUGAGGAUCUAAAUAUUUAUAUAGUUGUUGCAUCAUCAUUUAUUGAAAACCCCCUUUUCUACUGUUUUGAAUAUUCCACAUUUAUCAAAUAUUAAAUUCUUACACAUACUUGGAGUGGUUUCUGGAUUUAUUGCUUAUUUACUUUUUGGUAUUCUGUGUUCCUGUUCUAUGCUAUUUUAAUUAUUGCUAUUUUGCCACUUGCUUUAUUGUGUGUUUAACUUUGCAGUGGGAUAAAUGUUACUUUUAAUUUUCAAGAUGUUUGGCUACAUUUGUUUGGUUAUAUUUGGUUAAGUGCUGAAAGCAGAUCAAUGUCAUUUUAUUUAGAAUUGCUUUAACAUUAUAGAUUAAUAGGAAGAAAUGCAAACUUUGUUUUCUAUGCAGGAAAUGGUUACAAAUCAAAAUUCCUGAAGAUACUUUUUACAUUCUUCAUUAAUUUUUCAUUUGCUGAGCAUUUGUUACUUAUGAUUAUUUGGUAUGUCAUAUCUCUUUUGCUAUUUGAAUAUGAUCAUUUUCCCUUUUUUGAUGAUAACUCAUUGGUCAAGCAAUCGACUUUUGUAUUGGUAAUUUUUCUGAACACUUUCAUUAAUCCUUGUUAUUGAAUCUCUUUUAAAUAGUCAUUUUAAGUGUAAUUAGUAAUAGCUUUUUCUCUUCCCUUACAAUAGUUAUACUUCAUUUACUAAAUAAAUGAUGGUGUACUUUUUCUCUUGUUCCUGACUUUUAAGGAAUGCCAUUAAUAUUUCACUAACUUUUAAUGUUAACUCUUAGACUGAAAUAUAGCUCUUUACCAGAUUAAGAAAUGGCUUUCUGGUUUCAUAUGAUAAAUAUUUUAUUGGAAAUUGUUGAAAUAUAUUAAACAUGUUCCAGUUACUUAGAUAUUAUUAUAUGGUUUAUUCUUGUGGCCUAUUAUAAAAAUAAAUUAUGUAAUAGAUUUGUUAAUAUGGAGUUAUUUUUGCUUGAGAGACACCCUGUUUCAUUAUGAUCUACUGUUUCCUCUUUAUAAUAAUAUUGAAUUCUAUGCAUUAUAUUUUAUAUAAGAUUAUUGCAUUUAUAUUCAUGAAAAGAUUGAACUAUAAUUAUAGUUUUGUAUUCUAUCUUAACCACUUCAAUUAGUGAGUUUUUCAUUUGAUUCUGUGUUAUAGUAGUGAAUAAUAUGAGUUGCUUGUUCUUUAAUGGCUUGGAAAAACACACCCAGAAGACUCUUUUAGGCUGCAAGACUUUUCAGAGUAGGUGAGGAGAAAAUUCUCGGAAAACUUAAA